GCAUAGAGAUAUUACGUUUCUCGAUGAUCAAAUUCAAAUUUAUAGAGAUCGACUACUCCCACAUUUCAAAUCAAACAACACACAACUACAUACUUUGAUCUUUAACCUACCAUAAUUUUGUAUGGCACCUCAAAAGGAACCUUUCAAGCUUACCUUGAAAGAAGUUGUACUCAUCAAACCAUCCAAACCAACACCUUCUUCCAUUCUUUCUCUGUCUACACUUGACAACAUACCCGAUCUUAAUAGCCUGUGCCAAACCGUUCAUGUAUACAGAUCAAGAUCUACAUUUCAUGAUUCUGAACUAGGUUGCCCUAAUGACCAACUACUACAAGACCCUGCUCAUGUGAUCAAAGAAGCACUCUCAAAGGCUUUGUUUUAUUACUACCCUCUUGCAGGUAGGUUACUAAAGAACACUGAUGGGAAGCUUAGAAUCAAUUGCAAUGCAGAUGGUGUUCCAUUCUUGGAAGCAAAUGCUAGUUGCCACCUUUCUUCUAUUCAUUACUUGGAUGGCUCUAACAUGGAAAGUGCAAAACACUUGGUGUUUGAUCUUCCUACUUAUGAUGAAAGUGGCUACCCCUUGGUGUUCAAGGUGACAAAGUUUCCUUGUGGUGGCUUCACAAUUGGAAUGGGGCUGUCACAUGCUGUUUGUGACGGUGUUGGAGCCUCUCAAUUCUUGAGAGCCAUCAUUGAUUUUGCAAGAGGGAAAAAAGAGCCCGCAGUGAAGCCUGUGUGGGAGAGAGAGAGGCUAGUGGGAACAAUCACCAAACAGCCCUUGCAAAUUGAUUAUGUGGAUGAGACUUCAGCUGCAGUUUCACCUUUUUUGCCAACAAAACUUCUCAUGCAUGAGUGCAUCAAGGUGGACAGUGAGAGCAUCACAAGGCUCAAGAUGAGUUUGAUGAAGGAAGGUGACAUUGGUGAAAGCUUCACAGGUUUUGAAUCACUUGCUGCAUAUGUGUGGAGGUCAAGAGUUAGGGCCCUAAAACUGAGCCAUGAUGGGAGGAUUAUGCUGAACAUCACAGUUGGGGUGAGAAGACAGAUGCUGGAUCCUCCUUUGCCUGAAGGGUACUAUGGGAAUGCAAUUGUGGAUGCUGAUAUUAUCUUAACAGUGAGGGAACUCAAUGAAAAGCCACUCCAUGAGGUUGUGAGGCUCAUCAGAGAAAGCAAGAGGGUUGCUUGCAAUGUUGAUUAUGUGAGAAAAUACAUCAACACUUUAGAGACGGAACAAGAGGAUUUGGAUGUUAAAGGAAGUGGUGCAUUCUUCACUAUGACUGAUUGGAGGCACUUGGGGUUCUUGGAAAAUUUGGAUUUUGGAUUUGAGGAACUUGUGAAUACUGUACCUGCUCCAUGUGACAUGUUUGGGUCGGUUGAUUUGUGCAUUUUCUCUUCUCUUAGCAAAUUGGAUUCUUCUAUGAAAGGAGGGGUUAGGAUUUUUGUGUCCCUCCCUUGUGAUGCCAUGAUCAAGUUCAAGGAGGAAAUGGAGGCUCUAAGCUUUUUCAAUUGAACACUUACUAUAGGUUCAACAAAUGUAACUUGUUCUUUUUCCAACUACUUCCCACGUUGUAUGAAUGUAAGAUCAAUCUCUUUUGAAAAUAAAUGAUAUGGUUAUGUCCAUUGUAUA